AUGCCUUUUGCCUUUGGCGCUGCUGAUUUUCUCCAAGUAUUGAAGCUGUGCCAAUAUGUCUAUGGCGCCCUCAAAAGCGGCCCAGAGAAAUACAAAGAGAUUCAGAGCGAGCUCAAAUCGUUGUCAUACGCAAUAAGUCUAUUGCAAGAUGAUGCGAAAGACCCCCGCUCAAUACUGAACAGAAAGGGUGAAUCGCGGAAGCAAGAUUUAUCAGACAUCAUGGAUAAUUGCGCGCGAGCAUUGCAAGAUUUAGAGAGUUUGGUUGAGAAGCAUAGUAAACUCCAAAAUGCGGAGGCAGGAAGACUUGUCAGAAUGUGGGAUGCCUAUCAAGUAGGAUCGACGGAUCUCGACUCGAUAAGGGGCAGACUCACCUUCCACGUAUCAACCAUCAACACCUUUCUGACGAGUUUGGAGGGAUCCACGCUUUCGCGAAUGGAGAGGAAGCUUGACAAGAUCUAUGCGAAGAUAACGCAAGACGCGACUGCGAAUUCCUCACGCAGAGUCUCUGCUCUGUCGAAUGAAUCUUCCGAAUUGAUAUCACUACUGUCUUCGCGUGCUGAGACACAAGAAGACAAUAUCUGGGAAAGACUGAGGGAGGAGCUUUCUGCGGAGGAUAUCUCGCAGGCUCAUAUUCUUGCGCAUCGUGAGGAGAUAAUGACGUAUAUGAGGUCCCUUGUGCAAAGGAGUACUCUUUCAACCCGUGAGCCUAUGGAUGAUGUGAUGGUGUCUGACUCUUUGCGAGCGCUGAGCUUGGAGAAGCGUGACUCGCUACCCAAGAAGCUUCUUCCAAAAUUGCCUGGCCAGUCACCUGGCCGAGAUAGGCGAACAUCAGAAGAGGAUCCUUUUUCAGAUGCCGAGAGCUUAGAUCCGAGCAGACGACCAUCUACCAGCUUAGACAUCUCAAGCUUGAGAACAGACAGGCAAUCAACAGGCUUGCUUUAUUCUCAAAACAUUGUCGGAGGACCCACCGAAAGCUUGAGGAACUCGUUACAGAGCGCACCCGUCCCUUCAGGGCCUGAACUCAUUCCUCGAGAAAUUGGCAAAUGGUCAGAUGGUCAAGCCCAUAUCGUUGUCUUCCUCACGGCUCAGAAGUAUGGAAUCUACAAUGAGAGACCAGGCUGCUGCCUCUUGCUCGACGUCCACUUCAAAGCGCCGGCUCCUUCUGCAGAUCGCCUUGAACCACGCGAGUUCAGAACAGCGGACGUACACUGCACGGUGCACCCAUCCGGGGCCGGUACGGGAUCCGAAUUCAUCAAAGUCAUACCACGAAGUGGAAUCCGGGUACCAGGAUCGGACAAACACGAUCAUGUGCGCCCACGCGGAAUCUUCAGCACCAUCGCCUCUCGCAAACCGAAGUCCUCCUGGUUGCAAAACUGGACCAUGAGUGGGUGGGUCGGCCACGAAUGCCGGCGGGCGAACUGGAGUAUCCAUAGCAAUGGGGAAUCCGCCCAAGGUAUCCCCAAGCACGCGCUUCUUGGCAUGAUUGUUCAGCAUGUCAACCAGCCUUUUCAUGUGGAGAUUGAAGUCGUGGCAUCGACCUUGGGCGCUGAUGGGAUGCUGGGAGAUAUUGUUGGGCCGGAACCUACGCUCAUUCCUAUUGACCCUGUGAAGAGUCAAGAAUUGUUGAACGACAAGUCGCUUUAUGCUCUCAAGGAACGGACUCCGAUGAUAAUCUGGAACCAUCUUUCGUGCAGAGGGCGGAUUGACGAUUUAAAUGAGAUACACGGGCACUUGCACUGUCGAAACCAA